AUGAUUCUGAGACCACCCAACGAGGCCUGGAAUUUCUCCAAGAGGCUGCCUCUCGUCCGUGCUGGCACGGACAAGUGGGAGGCCUCUUUUGAAGUACCAGCGCCAGACAUGGACAAGUUCCUCAUGUUUGUCUUCUACGAUGGUGCCGCGAACCGGUGGAUCAAGCACGGGCAUCAUGACUUUGAGUUUGAGAUGCCUUUUCACGAGGAAUGGGGCCGAACUCAGAAGGAAUUGGAGGUAGAAAGUGUCCAAGACACCCCCAUCCAACUGUUCAGCCACCUGGGCUAUUCCCAGCAGGUAAAGAAGACGGUUCAGGAGGAUGGGCUGGCCACGAAGGGCCAGUUCUUGGAUGGAAGGCCCGGGCGCCAGGCACGAGCAGACAUUUCCUUCACCCCCUUCGAGCUGCAAGGUGACUUUGGCUCGUUGGAUGUUUCGUGCAUCUCUCAGGGCCAGUCACGCGCAAAGGUAGAGAUCAGAGCAUGGCUCCAUCCGCGUCUGGGCGAGUGCAUGCUGCACUUUGGUGUUUUCGAGACGCCCCAGUCCACGGAAUGGACAUCCGCUACACAGAUCCGGUCUGUAGACUGGCCUUCAGACAUGCGAAAAAUUGACCACCAGGCAUGCCAAGCAAGUCUGCGCAAGAUGACGGGUGGGAUGCACGCCUUGGAUUUUACCAUGGCAGCCCACGCGGAAGUAGAAGGGAGCCAGACCAUCCAUGUCCCUGAAAUCGCGGGAUUCGGCUUCGUGCUGAAGACUGUCCAGAAUAGCAUUUGGGUGAAGCCGGCCCAUGGAGGCGACGCUGUUGUGCGCUUCUCUCAGCCGGCCCGAUGUCACUGGAAUGCGGAAAGGGGCGAUGGCACCUGGGCCCAAGUGGCCGACACGAUUGUCCAGCAAGAGAUGGGGAACAACAUGUCCUUGAAGCUGAGGUACGAGAAUUGCUUGCACUUCUUGGACGUGUUCGAGAGGGUUUCUGGUUCCCAGAUGCGGCGCUUGCAGUCCUGGAGGACUUUGCUUCAAGUUGACUCCAGCAAGGCUGUGUGGUCCCGUACACCCUCCAUGCCGCUCAUCCACGAGUCCACCGAUGACGAAGAGUUCUGGAGUUGGAUCUUCGUGUGGCAGCGCUUGUCUUUCCAACAGCUGCUGACAUGGGAGCGAAACUUCAACACACAGCCUCGGCUGCUUGCGGCCACGAUCAACCAGCUGACGCAGCGCCUUGCUGAAUUAUGGAAAUCCACACCAAAUUGUCGCCUCUGGAUUCGUUGGACGCUGUCCACUAUGGGACGAGGGGGAUCAGCCGGCCAGAAGAUUAGAGACGAGAUCCUGGUCAUCAUGCACUCGCACCACAUCAAGGAAAUCCAUGGCACAUACUACGAACAGUGGCACCAGAAGCUGCACAACAACACCACUCCGGCGGACAUCGGCAUUUGCCGUGCCAUCAUCGCCUACCUGAGGAGUGGCGGUGACAUGGGGGUCUAUUGGAGGGUCUUGUCUGAGCACGGCAUCACGCGAGAACACCUGACCUCCUAUAGCCGGCCAAUCACAACGGAGCCGUACAUGGUGCAGACAGACAUCGGACGCCUGAUCCGUGACUUUGAGAGAUAUCUUGACAUCCUCAGGAGCGUGCACGAUGCUCUGGACUUGCAAGUGGCAGUCGAACAUGCCAAGGAGCGCUUGCCAAACAAUUUACUCGGGCGAUUGCGCGACGUCUGCAACAUGGGCGGCACUGGAUUCAAUAGCCUUGACGAGGGCCACGGCAAGUUCAUGCAAGUUGCAGGUGCCCGCGAUGACGUUCUGGCCGUCCUAAACAACAAGGAUACAGAUGCCGGGGUGAUCAGACAGCUGCUUGUCAUCGACUUCACCUUGGAGACCCAGCAGAGUGUUUUGGUCCAGGGGCUGACAUACGAGACCCGGCUUCCGCCCCUUGUGGACCAGAUGAGGGCCCUGCUUAUUGGGCUUAUGGGGCAAUUACCCCUGGAGCCCGAGCUGCCGGCCCUCCUUGCUGACUGGAAUGCAUUCGCGCAAAAUUGUGCCUCUCGGCACAAUGAGGACUCUGCUCUGCUCCUGAAAGCCUUGGCAGAUCGCAUCAGCCGAGUUGUGGGUGAGCUGUCCGACAAGUGCCAGAGGAUGAUGGGUCCCAAAGUAGCCUUCCUGGGAGAAGCCCUUGGCAUACGAAGGAGGAGCAUUGAUAUCUUUGUUGAUGAAGUGCUGCGUGGCACGUCGCUGAUGGCUGUUAGCAUUCUCUUGCAGCGGCUGGAGCCUGUUCUGAGAAACAUUGCGCAGCUGCCUCCCUGGCAGAUGGUCUCCCCAGUGGAGAAGCCGAUCCAGGGCAUCUUCAAACUCAUCGACAACAUGACGGGCAUCCAGGGGGAGGUCUUCCACACACCCACGAUCCUGCUUAGCGGGGCGGUGAGUGGGGAGGAGGAAGUUCCGGAUGGCGUUCUGGGUGUCCUGGUGCGAAGUGCCCAAGAAGCACCUGACAUCUUGUCGCACUGCGCAGUGCGGGCCAGGAAUUUCGGUGUGCUUCUCGCAACCUGCUUCGAUCCAGGCAUAUCGGAGCGGCUGGCGGCCGAGUUCGCUGACAAGUGGGUGGAAGUUCGCUGCAGGCCCGAUGGCAACCUGACUGUCGUGGAGGUUGAGAUGCCAAACAUCCUAGAAGAUGAUGCCACCACAACCAUCGACCGUCCCAAAAUAUUUAAAACCAAGGUGAAAAUGAAUUUGACCAACAACCUGGGAUGUUCCUGGUGUGUGCGGCCCGAUGAGAUGACAAAGACAAAUGUAGGCUCCAAGAGUCUGAACCUGGCUCUCUUGAGGCCAAAGCUGCCAGAGGGCAUUCUUACACCACAGGCUGUGGCCUUACCAUAUGGUACUAUGCAGAAAGCUUUGACCGAUGACUGCAACAAGGAUGUGCUCCCCAAACUGGAGAAUGUUCUCAGCCGCUUGCAGCCCUCCACCUCCAACGAGGAUGCCCAAGUCAUCUUUGAGGAGGCCCAGCAAUUGAUAGAGUCCAUGCGCUUCCCAGAGUCUCUGAAGAAGGCGCUGGCUCGGGCUAUGGAGGAAGUAGGUAGCCAGGACGGUGAGGACCGGCUUGCCAACCUGUUCCGAGAGAAGGAUGCCUGGCAAGCCAUCAAAGGUGUGUGGUCUUCAAUGUUCGCGCUUCGACCUUGGGUGUCUCUGGCCAAAGCCGGGCGAAGCUUCCACGACCUGAACAUGGCAGUGCUAGUGCAGGAGUUGGUUGAUGCCAAGUAUGCCUUCGUGCUCCAUACAGUGAAUCCUUUCACAAAGGACAAAGAUGAGCUGUACGGAGAGAUUGUUGCUGGUCGGGGCGAGACCUUGGUGGGUAACUUUUCGGGCAGGGCCUUGAGCUUUGCCGUUCGACGGGGCGGUGGCGAGCCGCGAGUGCUGUCCUACCCGAGCAAGAGUGUGGCUUUGCACACACAGCCCUGUCUGAUCUUCAGAUCUGACAGUAAUGCUGAGGAUUUGGAGGGAUUUGCUGGAGCAGGUCUCUUCGAAUCUGUUUGUGCAGAGGAGGACAAGGGAGGAUUUCAGCGCCUUCAUCGAUUAGCCAUUGUAGAGGAUGCCAACUACAGAAGAGAGUUAUUGAAACGCAUCGCAGAAGUCGGCUGGGCCACUGAGCAGGCCUUUGAUUGCGUGCCGCAAGAUAUCGAAGGAUGUGUGGAUGUCUCAGACCGUAUUUUCAUUGUACAAAGCCGGCCUCAGGUGUAG